AAGAAGCGAACUCGUGCUACCCCCGAACAACUAGCGAUCUUAGAAGAUACAUUUAAAACUAAUACCUCCCCAAAUAGUAAAGUUCGUGAAGCCUUAGCCGAAAAAGUAAACAUGUCCGAACGUUCAAUUCAAAUUUGGUUCCAAAAUCGUCGUGCUAAAAUGAAGGCAAUGCAAAAACAUCAAACAUCCGUAUCUCAACCUCAACCUCAACCUCAACAGUUCACACCGCCUCAGGAAUUCAUCACACCAGCUUUUAAUAACAAUAACAACACAUUAGUUUCAGUUAUUUCAUGCGAGACUCUUACAAUAGGAACAUGGCGUCGCAUUUUAACAAUGUCAUCUCCCACAGAUCUUUUAUGUUAU